AUGCUCAAGGGAUGGAGCUGGUCGCCCACCGUGGUGACGCAGCUCAAGCGUAUAGCUCCGUCUACGCUCGCUUCGCUGCUCUGCUCGGUCUUGAUCCUCGUCAGACCCAUCCAGCAGCGCUUCAUUGGCCCAUAUGCUUUCCUCUCCCUGACCUUCCUCUUGUAAGUGGUCGCCAUCUGCAUCACAUGCUUCUAGCUUGGAGGCAUCCUAACAUUCGUCCCCGUCUUACACACAUGUGCUCUGGCAGUCUAUUCUUCUGGCCAUGCACGCCCAUCGGCGAGCACCUCGAAGGCGUCCUCCUUUCAAUCACCGCCUGUGCCAUCUCACUUGGAAUAUCCGUCUUGGCGCUGUGGGGUUCCGCCAAACUGUCCAAACUGCCGACGGGUGAAGCUGGAGAAAUGUAUUCCACGGUGUCUUCAAGAGCUGUAGGGGCAAUCACGCUCUUCGUGCUCUGCUUCAGCGCAGGACUCCUCUCGAGCUUCAUUCCACGCCUCAAGACACCCGUUCGCAUCGCCCUGUUUGUUGCAGCCUGGAGUCUCAGCGUCACAAAGGCGGACGACGCCUCAUCUACCCUCACACCCGGCAAGGCGUUCACUGACCUUUUCUUUCCAGCGUUGACCGGCGCUGCGUGCAGCACAGUCGCUGCCCUGUGCGUUUUCCCGCGCACGGCAACUGGAGAGUGGGCCAAAAGCUUGGCGAGCGGCUUAGAUGAGGUGACCAAGAUCGUCGAAUGCACAGUACGCGAUUUCUAUUCUGUCCUCGAUCUAGCAGAAGAUGGCGACGAAAAAGCCGAUCCAUUGCAACCUCGACCCUCUGGGCAGCUCUCGGCUUAUCGCCAUUCGUUUCUGGGCCGAGUGACCCAACUCGAUGGAACUUACCUCUUCGCUUCUCACGAACUCCAAAUCGCUCGUGUGCCCUUGUCAACUAUGCGACCCAUAUUGAGCAAUCUCAAGCACCUUCGAGGAUGGGCAGCGUGCGGCAUGGGACUUGGCACCAGGCUGGACAGCUCUGCACAGGCGACCGCACCUCACACCAACAAGGCAUUUGUCACCCGUGGCCGGGCUGGCGAUCAAAGUGGUGACGAUACGCAAUCUGACAGACUUCGUCCGCACAUCGAGGCUUUGGCUCGCGAGGUGAUCUCCAGUCUUACACUCGUUCGAAAUAUCGUCCAAGUGGUGUCACACCAAAGCAGCUGGGCGGAAUCCAUUGCUUCCCUGAGGAAAGAGACAGGGGCAGAAAGAAGGACCAACCGUUCGCACAGUCGCUCCGCUUCUCGUACACAAGAGCCGCGCUCUGCGCUUUUUGCAGCGGCGCUAGGAGGGGCUGGCGUCGGCAUGGGUAUGGACUACCGCUCGAGUGCAUUCUCGAAAGAAGCGCUGAACGCUCCUGACCGUGCUGUACUCGCUCAACGCAAGAGAAUCAAGACGGUACUCGCCGCAAUUCAAGAGAAGGUAGCCGAUCCCGGUGUUGAUCUGUCGGAGACUCAAACGGAUGAUGAGGCCGAGGGCAUCCCUUCUCAAGGUGAUACUGGAGCUGCACCACGUCGAAACCAUGGACUUACGGACAAUAAUGAGCUCGAAAUGUGCCCUUCAGAGGAAUCACGAAGCAACUCAGCUUUCCUACUCAUGAGCCUACUGGAAGUUGCAAGAGAAUGCUCAACCGCUCUCAAGGAAUCUCAACGGAUGCUUCGGGCCUGGCACAAGCAGCCUAGGCGUCGCGUCUGGCUACCGUCCUUGACGUGGCGCCUCUUCUGGGCCAAAGCGGGUCAAAUUGGGAUGCUGCACAUCCUCGACACCGCUGGUGGAGCACUUCACCGGGACGAUCGAGCCGAGGAUGACAAUGACCGUGCACACGCUCAACGUGACAGUGACGAUGGCAAGAGUCCUCGAGCAGAUGAAGAGAGACGGCUCGCGCCAGCUCAGCAGACGUCGUAUGGUGCACCAGAAGAGAUCUUCGCCAGCGCAAUGGUAUCUUCGACGCAGUUCAAGUCCCCGACGAGAUCGAAGAAAAGCGCUAUCACACGUUUCUUGAACACACGCCGCGUUCUUGCAGUUCGUCUGGCCGUGCAUAAGGCCCUGCAAGCUGUCACGCACAGCCCGCAAGUGAGGUUUGCGCUGAAGCUGGCGACAGGAACUGUGCUGCUUUCGCUACCCGCGUGGGUCGCGCGGGACUGGUGGCAGGCCCAAAGAGGGCAGUGGCUCGUCAUUGUGAGUGCCGACACCAAAGACUUCUGACAACAUGGCUCGUUGACUUUGCGUCUUGUCUCUGCCUGUCUUUCUACAGACGUACAUUUGGUGUCUGGAGACUAGUACUGGCGCCACAUUGAGGGUCUCUGCAUUUCGUAUCGCCGGGACGUUCGCGGGCGCCUUUUACGGCAUUAUUAGCUGGUACGCCUCUGGUGGCAAGGCACCUGCGCUUGGUUUCUUCCUCGUGCUGGGCAGCAUCCCGGCAGCAUACUUGGCGCUUUUCACGCGCGCGCCGGGUGUCGGUGUCGUCAUGGCGAUCACGUUUCCCGUGGUUUGUCUGAUCCCAAUCAUCGACACCUCGCAGUCACACCACGUGCCAUCGAUCGCGCUCAUCCGAGGGUAUCAGAUUCUACUCGGCAUUGUGGCUGCUCUACUUGUCAAUCUUUUGGUCUGGCCCUACCACGCCCGCGUGCACCUGCAGCGCCAUAUUUCCAAGACUGCCUCUUCCUUGCAACACCUAUACCUCAGUCUCAGUAGGCAGACCGUGAGCGGACUCGUACCGACGAGGGAGUCCAGGCACAGAUUCGAAGCUUUGGAGAGUGCCAUCACAGAUUCGCUCAGUCGAUGUCGGAUGGACCUGGACUUGAUGGCUGCAGAAAUUCGCCUCGUCCCCUUGCCCACUCGCGUCUUGCGCCGAUGUGUAUCGGCUCUUCAGAACAUCAGCGACCUACUACUGGCCUUGCGUCAUGUCCGUGAGACAGCGAUGCUGCGAUUCGGCGUCUACGAGCAUACGGUCCUCAAUGUGUUGGCUCUGAGGACCGAUUUGAUCUCGAACAUCGUGCUCAACCUUUGGACAGCGGCGGCAGCCAUCAAGACACGCGACCCACUCCCUCAGUGCCUGCCUAGCCCGCGCUUAGCUCUGCAAGAUCUCACCAGGGCAUUGCGGGAGGACCUCACUCGUGCGCCUCCCAGUCGUCAGCGAUCGAGCAAACAAUCCAGAGAGCCGCCGAGCUUUAAUGUUCGGUCUCCGUCAACAGAUGAGGAUGGAGGAGGCGCGCAACCUGAAGGUGCCCUACUCUCCACAGCGGUCCGCAGACUGCGGCAGCAGCAGCACGAUAUAGGGGGUGGCCUGCCAACUUCUCCAUCCAGCCGUAAUGCGUCGCGCAAGUCACAAGCUCACGUGGUUUCUCUCUCGCUGUCGCACACAAAUACUCAUCAUCACUUUGCUCCAAUCGGUAGCGGAUCUGCAAGUGGCUCUCACACUCCGAUCGCAUCACUUGCACCUUCAGCCUUCCGGCUACCCGAUCAGAGCAACUCAUCGAUACUGAGAUUCGAAGACAGCACGACUUCAAGCGACGCUCCUUGGCAAGAGUCCGAGAGAGCGAGCGAUGCCCACAGUCGUCCCGCAGAGUCAACCAAGGAAGCCCGUGAUGAGGAGUCAAGUGCAACAUCCAAGUCGCACGUGAAAAGCGCAGACAAGCCGCCUGCAAGCUCAGGCGCGUAUCUCUUCACGCUCGCAGAGCACUCGCUCUUGCAGGACAUCGUCGAGCAGCUCGAGACGGUGCUGGAGUGCGUGCGCGACCUAGUCGGCGAACAGCCUCUAUUCGUCACCCAGUACAUGCCUCGAUCGAUGGUGCCUCAGAAUGUAGGCUAUGAUCCUCACCUCUCGUACGAUCCCUCCAGGACGCAAUCGGGAAUGGAUCAGGAGCUACGUCGUCGUCAUCAGUACUCUGCUUCGGCCAGUAUGAAUCCUAGCUUGACUCAUCAUCACGGUCUCACACUUUUGAACGAGCUUGCUGCGCACGAACAUCGUCGGCUCCGAAGAACGGCCACAAAGACAGCAACUCAACCUGAGCGGAUCGGCGAAGAAGAGCGCAAGGAUGCACCGCCGUUGGAAGAACAGCAGGGCUCUCAAGAUAAAGCCGAAAGCAGCGUAUCCGCGACAGCACCGAACCUUCGCAACAUGUUUUCGAACUCGACCCAAUGA